GGGGCAGGCGGCUGCCCGAGGGGCGGCGGCAGGCCGGGGCUGAGGGCCCUGAUGCGGCUGCGGCCGCGGCCGCUCCGCCGCCGGGAGAGGCCCCGCCCCGCCGCCGGGCUCCAUGUACCCCAGAAUGAAUGAAAUGAACCUGAGUCCUGUAGGGAUGGACCAGCUGACCUCGUCCUCUGUCAGCAAUGCCCUGCCUGUCUCAGGGAGUCACCUGGGAUUGGCAGCAUCACCCACUCACAACGCCAUACCGGCACCAGGUUUGCCUGUUGCGAUUCCAAACUUGGGCCCCUCCUUGAGUUCCUUGCCCUCUGCUCUGUCUCUGAUGCUCCCAAUGGGUAUUGGGGAUCGAGGAGUGAUGUGUGGUAUACCAGAAAGAAACUACACCCUACCUCCACCGCCAUACCCUCACCUGGAGAGCAGCUACUUCAGACACAUUCUACCUGGUAUCUUAUCAUACUUGGCUGACAGACCUCCGCCUCAGUACAUCCAUCCCAACACGAUCAAUGUUGAUAGCAAUCCAGCAUUGUCAGUGCCCAGCAAUCCCUCGGCCCUAGAUCCCUACCAGCCCAGUGGAACUGUGGGGCUGGAACCAGGGAUUGUGCCCAUGGACUCCCGUACAGUCAACACACAUGGUGCUCAAAACAUGCAUCCUAGUGACAGCCACGAGGUAGCUCUGGACAGUACAAUCACUAUGGAGAAUGUUUCGAGGGUAACCAGCCCCAUCUCUACAGAUGGGAUGACAGAGGAGCUUACAAUGGACGAUGUAGCCGGGGAUCAUUCGCAGAUGCCAAAUGGCUCCCGGAGCCAUGAACCUUUGGCCGUGGACACAGUGGGAAGUAACUUGACACCAGACGCAGUGGGGCACGGCGGGGUCAUCCCCAUUCACAGCAGCACUUUGGAACUCCCUGUCCCUGUUGUCAUGGAGCCUGACCACAUCGCUGGGCGGGUGGCAGGGAUGUCGGAUAGCACACUAAAUGACUCCAUUCAUACCGUGGCCAUGAGCACCAACUCUGUGAGCGUGGCACUCUCUACCUCACACAACCUCGCUUCCCUGGACUCGGUAGCCUUGCACGAAGUGGGCCUCAGCCUUGAGCCAGUGGCGGUGUCUUCCAUAAAUCAGGAAGUAGCCAUGGGGCCGGGUCACGUGGAUGUGUCCGCAGACAAUCUUGCCUUCGUACCGUCCUCUCUGCAAAUGGAAGACUCCAAUUCGAACAAGGAGAACAUGGCAACCUUGUUUACCAUAUGGUGCACACUGUGUGACAAGGCGUAUCCAUCAGACUGCCCUGACCAUGGACCUGUCACCUUUGUCCCGGACACCCCAAUAGAGAGCCGAGCCAGGCUUUCUCUCCCUAAGCAGCUUGUCCUACGGCAGUCUCUCAUGGGAGCUGAAGUGGAUGUUGGUCUUCUACUGAUAGGUGUGUGGACACGAGAAACCAUUCCUGUAAGGACUUGUUUUGGACCUCUGAUUGGGCAGCAGAGCCAUUCUCUGGAGGUGGCUGACUGGACAGACAAAGCAGCUAGUCACAUCUGGAAGAUCUAUCACAAUGGUGUCCUGGAGUUCUGCAUCAUUACAACUGAUGAAACUGAAUGUAAUUGGAUGAUGUUUGUACGCAAAGCCAGGAACCGGGAAGAGCAGAACCUGGUGGCUUACCCUCAUGAUGGAAAAAUUUACUUUUGCACCUCUCGGGACAUCCCACCUGAGCACGAGCUUUGCUUUUAUUACAGUCGGGACUACGCACGACAGCUUGGUGUCCCCGAACAUCCAGACGUGCACAUCUGCCACUGUGGAAAGGAAUGUGCUUCCUAUGCGGACUUCAAGGCCCAUUUGAGCAGCCAUAUUCACAGCCACCUCCCCAGCCAGGGCCACAGCAGUAGCCACGGGCCAGGCCAUGGCAAGGAAAGGAAAUGGAAGUGCUCCAUGUGCCCCCAGGCUUUUAUCUCCCCUUCCAAGCUCCACGUCCACUUCAUGGGGCACAUGGGCAUGAAGCCACACAAGUGUGAUUUCUGUAGUAAAGCUUUCAGUGAUCCUAGCAACUUACGCACGCACCUCAAGAUACACACAGGUCAGAAGAAUUAUCGGUGUACCCUCUGUGACAAGUCGUUCACCCAGAAGGCUCACUUGGAGUCACACAUGGUCAUCCACACGGGGGAGAAGAAUCUGAAGUGUGAUUACUGUGAAAAGCUGUUCAUGCGGAGGCAGGACCUCAAGCAGCACGUACUUACCCACACACAAGAACGGCAGAUCAAGUGCCCCAAGUGUGACAAGCUGUUUCUGAGGACAAAUCAUCUGAAGAAGCACCUCAACUCACAUGAAGGAAAGAGGGACUAUAUCUGUGAAAAAUGCACCAAGGCUUAUCUAACCAAAUAUCACCUCACUCGCCACUUAAAAAUAUGUAAAGGCCCCACAUCCAGUCUAUCGACCCCAGAGGAGGAAGAGGAGGAUUCAGAAGAGGAAUUAAUAGACUCAAUGAGGACUGAGGACUGUAGGAUUAACAAUGGAAUCUACUCAACUGGUGAUGCCCUCGCUGGACACAAAUGAAGAAACUGAAGAGGGAAAUUUUUGUGGAUAUUAAAACGGGGGGAAGGAAAAAACUACAGAACUCUUCCUUGUUUCCCCAGUCAACAACAGCAUUAUGUCAGAUGAGGAGUAUUCCUUUCAUUCUGGUCUCCCCACUACCACCACUUAAUAAACUCUGUAGCCAAAACACUGAAUGAGAACGGUGCGCUUAAGAGUGAACAGUUGCUAGAAAAGAAAUAUGAGGAACAGAGAUUUUUCACACAUGCUGUGCAUACUCAGAUAACCCACCCAGUGCUAGGAUAUGUAACACACCUUGCAUUGUCCUUUGAGGGAAGAGCCACAACCCAGAGAUGUAGCUGAGUAAUGGCUAUGACCUGUAAGCCAUCUUGUCCGUAACUGCCACAGCCCUGACAGCAAGAAAAACAAAACAAACAGGACAAAAAAAAAUGGUGGUAGCAGUUAGUUGUAUUUAUCUUUUCUAAUACUUGUUAACUGAAGGAUGUGGUUUGGCACAGAGCAAAGAAUGUCAGGUUUCCUUCUAUAGAAACUACAAUAAGGCUUUGGUCUGGAGGCAGUGUACCUGUACUCAACAGUAGUAGAUAAAGCAAUUAUCCCACUACAGCAGUGUUCAGAAAACCAAAAGUUGGCUAUCAGUUAUUACCUUCUCUCACUCUGGUUCACGAGAGCACGUUGUGAAGAGGUAAAGACUGUACAGGUCAGUAAGGAAGAGGCUUAUAGGUGAUCAGGCAGUGUUUACAGCCUUUGCGUGCUGUAAACCUUUUACAGCUUAAAAGUGAUGGGAGGGUUUGCUGCUAAUACUAUUUAUGGAAUGAAAAUGUAUUAUUUCAUUCACUUGUUUUCUUUUUGGAAGAAAAAAAAAUUAAAAAUGUGGCUCUUUUCUAA